CAGCGCACUUUUUCUUCUUCAUCUCAAUUGCGCCAUGGAAGUUGGUUUCUAACUGCGAUAUAAAAUAUCAUAAUCCGGGAGUUAUUGGUCGGCAAGGACCAUGCCAACUCUGCAGAGCUCCGCCGUCCUGCUGCUUCUGAGCUUCCUGAUUGGUCUAAGCUACUCUCUGAACCCAAGAGACCCCAAUGUGUGCAGCCUGUGGGAGAGCUUCACCACCUCAGUGAAGGAGUCCUAUUCUCAUCCUUACGACCACGUGACGGAGGAGCCUUGCUCCGACCCUCGGACCUCCUACAGAUGCAUGCGCCACAGGAUCACCUACAAGACGGCCUACAGGCAGGCGGUGAAGACAGACUACCGAGAGAGAUACCAGUGCUGUCCUGGCUAUUACGAGAGCAGAGACAGAUGUGUCCCUCGCUGCACCAAGGAGUGCGUCCACGGUCGAUGUGUCGCUCCAGACCGGUGCCAGUGUGAGGGAGGCUGGCGAGGAGACGACUGUUCCAGCGCCUGUGAUGACAAACACUGGGGGCCACGCUGCAGUCAGCAAUGCAAGUGUGAGAACGGAGCUCUCUGCGAUCCGGUCAAGGGGACGUGUCAGUGUCCUCCAGGGUUCAUAGGACGCCACUGCGAGGAGUCCUGUCCAGCAGGCACCUUCGGGAAGGGCUGUCUGCAGAGGUGCAAGUGUGGGACCGGAGGAUCCUGUAAUAAAACAAGCGGAGCGUGUUCAUGUCGGGACGGAUUCACUGGGACUUUCUGUGAGAAGGCGUGUGCCAAGAAAUGCCACGCCCGAUGCUCCUGCCAGAAUGGAGGCAUCUGUAAAGGCCAAGGGAUCUGCGAUUGUCCGCCUGGAUGGACGGGUGCAGUUUGCACGGUGCGAUGUCCAGAGGGAAGGUUUGGACAGAACUGUGCUGAGGAGUGUGUCUGCCACAACAGGGGCAAAUGUGACCCCGAAACUGGACAGUGCCAGUGUGCUAAAGGUUUCACUGGUAACAGGUGUAACGAGGAGUGUGCUGCAGGCACCUAUGGUCAGGACUGUAAAGGUGUGUGUGACUGCGCUAACGGCGCUCGCUGCUACAACAUUGAUGGAGGCUGCCUAUGCGAGCCGGGCUUCAGCGGUCCACACUGCAGGGACAGAAUGUGUGCGCCGGGCAAAUACGGCAUGCACUGUGAACGCAAGUGUCUCUGCCAGGACAAACAGACGCUCAGCUGCCACCCGAUGAAAGGAGAGUGCACAUGCCAGCCAGGGUGGGCCGGACUGUUCUGUAACGAGACCUGCGCUCACGGUUUCUACGGUCACGGUUGCCUGGAGCCGUGUCUGUGUGUGAACGGAGGGGUGUGCGAUAGCGCCACGGGACAAUGCCGGUGUGCCCCCGGGUUUACUGGGGUUCACUGUGAGAGUCUUUGUAAAAGUGGCACCUAUGGCAAGAACUGUUCCCUUGAGUGCUCCUGUGAAAACUUUGUCGACUGCUCGCCUACUGACGGGACUUGCUUCUGCAAAGAGGGCUGGCGUGGGCCGGACUGUUCCACCCCCUGCUCUGAGGGAACCUGGGGCCCAGGAUGCAACGCCACCUGCCACUGCGCCAACGGGGCGAAGUGUAAUCCUGCAGAUGGAUCCUGCACAUGCAAAGCCGGCUGGCAGGGGGCGCUCUGUGACCAGUCGUGCCCGAUGGGCACGUUUGGGCCAGGCUGCCUGAAGAGGUGUGAUUGUGUUCAUGCCGACGGCUGCCAGGCGACCACCGGGGAGUGCCACUGUCUGCCAGGAUGGUGGGGAUCUCGCUGUAGCGAGCCAUGUUCAGAGGGCCUGUGGGGGCGCAACUGUAACCAGACCUGUUUCAAGCAUUGCCACAACAGUGACACGUGCUUGAGGGAAACUGGAGUGUGUGUGUGUCGUGAAGGCUACUGGGGAGUCACCUGUCAGAACAAAUGCAGAGCUGGUAUGUAUGGUGACCAGUGCAGUAUGUCAUGCCCAUCCUGUGGCCAGUCGUACCGCUGCCACCAUGUGACAGGAGAGUGUGAUUGUCUGCCUGGACACACUGGACCCAACUGUGAUCAAGUCUGUCCAGCUGGCUACUAUGGCAAACAGUGCUCUCAAGUGUGUGUGAACUGUGCCAACAACUCCACAUGCGACCACCGAGACGGUCACUGUGAAUGUUUGCCCGGCUGGACCGCUACUGACUGCUCCAUACCCUGUAGUGCGGGGCGUUACGGUCCAUUCUGCACUCAGACCUGUUCCUGUCCGACCGACCUCAUCUGUGACCGAUACACUGGAGACUGUGUGUGUGUAAGUGAAGGAGAGGAAUGUAAACAAGACUCGUCUGUGAAGUCAGGGAGCGUCAUGGUCCCCCUUCCUCCCGGUGAGAGGGAGUCGUGGGGAGCCAUCGGCGGCAUCGUCGUGCUCGUCAUCCUGGUGGUGCUGCUGCUGGCUCUGCUGCUGCUCUACCGCCGCAGGCAGAAGGACAAACAGAACAACACCCCGACCGUGUCCUUCUCCACCAGCCGCACAGUCAACUCUGAAUACGCAGUACCAGAUGUUCCUCACAGUUACCACCACUACUACUCCAACCCCAGCUACCACACACUGAGCCAGAACAGGCCUCCUCUGCCACACCUCCCCAACAACCACGACCGCACCAUCAAGAACACCAAUAACCAGCUGUUCUGCAGUGUGAAAAACAUGGAGAGGGAGAGGCGGGGCCUGUUUGGGGUUGAGAGCAACGCCACUCUACCUGCAGACUGGAAGCACCACGAGCCGCGCAAAGAUCCAGGAGCUUUUGGAAUCGACCGGAGCUACAGCUACAGUGCCAGCCUCGGAAAAUAUUACAACAAAGAGCUGAAGGAUGCGGCGGUGGCGGCGAGCAGCAGCUCUCUGAACAGCGAGAAUCCUUACGCCACCAUCAAAGACCUGCCGGGUUUGCCCUUCUGCCCCCCAGAGAGCAGCUACAUGGAGAUGAAGUCCGCCGUGCCCAGAGAGCGAGCGUACACUGAGAUCAGCCCGCCGCCAUUCAACACGGCCACCUUACGCAGAGAGCGUCAGAGUUCCCUCGGUAAUGCUCCAUACGAGGACCCCCAGAGCCACUACGACCUCCCCGUGAACAGCCACAUCCCGGGACACUACGACCUGCCUCCCGUCCGCCGCCCCCCCCCCAGGAGAACACCUCAGUGA